CUUCCGUUGUGGAAAGUUGUCUGCUAUCAUAAUCUCAGGGUCAGAUUGCAUAAAAAGUAUGUAAUUACAGGCUACACGUUUGUUUUUAAUGCACACAUAAUAUACCAAAAGAAAAAUAUGAUAACCUGUUUUAAAAAAUGUUUACCACAUUUUUAAAGAAUUAUGCAGAAAGUGAAAACUAUUCAACUCUGAAAUAGUACAUACAAGUACAGUACAUUUAGUGAACCAGUAUGGAGAGGGCUCUAAGGAUUAUCAAAGCAUAACAAAAUUAUAAAAAAAAAUAAGCAGGAUAGCAAAUUGAAGCCUUUAAACCAAAAUCAAAAGAAAGAGUCAAAAUAUAAACAUAAAGAAGAAAAUAUGGAGUUGAGCAGAGAUCUAGAGAAUGAAAUUCAUGUGGUUGAAUUCCAUAUGCUGGACAAAAUUAAGUUUUAUCCAUUAACUUUAAUGACAAGUUUAAGUGUCCGAGGUUUACUGUAUCCACUAACAAUGGUCAGAACUCGUUUACAGACACAGACGGGUAAAACAGUGUACAAAGGAAUGUUCGAUGCCAUCGUUAAAAUCGGUAGUCGUGAAGGAUUCCGUGCAUUCUAUCAAGGAUUUGGUGUCAGUUGUAUACAGAUCCCCUCUUCAGUGAUUUAUAUCACUAUUUAUGAAAGUGUGAGACAAUACUGGGCGGCACGAUUAAAUAACGGCCACAUUGCAUCAAUGGUGGCUGGUUUCUCUGCGUCAUGUGUCAAUCAACUUUUUAUAGUUCCGUUAGACAUUGUGUCCCAACAUUUAAUGUUAAUGGAAGGAAAAAAAUCGGCUUCAAAUAAACGCAUCGAGGAGAAACUACAGAAAUUACAAAAAAUACAUAUCAGCGAUGAAAUUAAAAACAGUAAAUUUGGUGCAGUGAGGGCAAUUUGUCGAGAGAUAAUGCAAUCAGAAGGUUUACGUGGCUUUUAUAAAGGGUCUGGUGUGUCAUUAGCCGUUUACUCUGCUGGAAGCGGAUUUUGGUGGCUUUUCUAUAAUUUAUAUGGAACAUGGAUGAUUGAAAUUUUCCCAGUAUCUACAUCAAGACUUGCACUUAAAAUGGUUGCAGCUCCAUUGGCUGGAAUCAGUUCUGUCAUAUUGACCAAUCCAUUUGAUGUGUUAAGAACCAGAGUUCAGGUACUUGGUGAGAGUUAUAAUGAAACAUUAAAGAUUUUAUGGCGGGAAGAGAGAUGGAACAUACUGACCAAGGGAAUCUCUGCAAGAAUGACCACCAGCUGUUUAUUCUCUUUGAUGAUUGCUUUUGGCUAUGAAUCAGUUAAACGUUUUAGUUUAAAGGAAGAAUUCAAGGCUGAUGUAAGAUGGUGAUGAAAGAGAUUUUUAGGUUAUUUAGAUGUUUUAUUCAGGGCGAAUGUAUGAAUGUUAGUAGAGGAUGUUGAUGAUAGUGAUUUCAGAAUGGAAGAUGUGAAAGAUAGGAACAAUUUUAGUUUUAUGUCUGAAAGAUUAAUGAUUUAUUUAAGAUUUUUGUUUUUUUUAUUUGAAAGAAUUGUAAGUAUUUUUUUCAUAAUUAUAGAUUUGUUAAUUAUUAUACUAAACCAAUUUUUUACAUGCAACUAUACAGGUAGCCCAUUUAUCCUUACUAGUUUAGUUAUGUGUGCCCUUUCUGGAAAAAUCUAGCUAGGCUAUUGGUUAACAAUGUAAAUACCAAACAGCUAAUAUAGGCUGCCUAACCAUAUCAACAAUUUUUUUUUACUUAAGAAUAUUUCAAAAACAUGGUACUUGGGUACACAACUAUGGGUUCUAUACUAAAAUAUAAAAUAAAAUACUUUUUGGUACAGUGACAAUACCAGAAUUGCCUCUAUAUCUUUUUAAAUAGGUAUAUUUUCAUAUGAUUAUUACAUGAAAGAAUAAAAGAUUGUAAGAUAAAAUAAAACAAAAAUUACACAUUAUGAGUUUCAAUACAGUGUUAAAUGUCUCAAUAUAUGUUUCCAGAUUUUUAUUUUUAAUAGUAUGAAAUCAAAAAAAUGUAUAAGAAAUUUUUAACUAUUUAUAUUUUAAGUUUGCACAAAAAAUAUGUACAGGAAAGACAUAUUUGUAUAUACUAAGAUAUUUAUUUUUGAAUUUUGUUUUGUUUUGCACAUACACAUAGAUAUAGUAAUCAACAUCCUUUCUUCACAUAAAUGUAGUUAGUUAUGCUAAAAUCAGGAGAUUAAACAUCGAGAACAUUGGAUAUCAACACUAUCCAUUUGAAUUGGUAAUGAAACUAGCUGAUUUAAAAGUAAAUAAACAGAUUCUGUAUUCAGAAAGAAGUAAACUAUGGAUUAUUAUUUGGAUACCAAUUUUUGUGGGUAGAGGUAAACCUCAAAUUUACAGUAAAUUUUCAAGUAGUUACGAAUUUUAUUAUAUGAAUAUAUGUAGACUUCUGUAAAACCAUGAAUUCCAAAAUUCGUGAAAAUGCAAAUUAUACUCAAUCCACAAAAUUUGGUACCUGUGAAAACAAAAAAAAUCUAUAGAUAUCAAGAUUUAAUUUUAAUUUAAGAUAUCAGAUUCUUUUAAUGGAGAUUGAAUUACACGACUGUCCAUUGUAUUUUGGUUGUUUCUUAUUUAUGAGUACAUAAAGGGCUCAGAGUUCCUGAGCCUCAUUUAUAGAUUUUUACAAUGCUUGUAUUGAGAAUUUUUUUAUUUUCAUCAUAUGAACUAAACUUGCAAUAUUGUUGUCAGAAAAAUAAGAUAAUUUGUUUUAUUUGAUAUUUAAACAGUCAAAGAUAUAAUCUAUAGGUUUAUUAGAGAAAGUAACCUUCAUUUGUUAUUGUGGGAAAAAAAUCAAGAGAACUGUUACAGCAUAUGCAUGUUACAUGUUUCAUAGGACCAAUAUACAUUAUAAGUUUUGUUAAAAUGUAUACAAGUUCUAUUGAUAUUAUAAUUGGCUUUAUGUAUACUAAAUUUUAGGAAGAUAUAACAGUUCAUAGUUUGCCAAAUAGGAAUAGAAAACCUAUGUUAUUACAGAAAAAAAAUAUGCCUGUAAAAACUAAAUGGUGUUAUCACAGCUUCUCUAAAUCACACUAAAGCAUUUGCUCAAAUGUACAUUUGUUUAAUUACAAUUUUUUUUAAUUUAUAGUAAAAAAUAAUCAUUGGGAACAUGUAAUGAGGUUCUCCUCAAGCUUCCUAGUAAUUUCGAAUCAUAAGUUACAUGCCUUUAAUCACUAAGCCUAGUUAUAACAGCUAAGUUUAUCCCUUAAAAGCCUUGUCUGAUUGAUUUACCAUGGUUGAUGAUAAAUGUAUUAAUUUUGUUAUCAAAGCUUUGUAUUUAGUUUCUGUGCAAAGUUUUAAGAUUCCCAAAUACCAACUAAAAAAUAGAAUAUUUAUCAUUUAUUUAACAAAAAACAAACACAUGUUAUACUAUCGAUUUAAAAAUAUUAAGGAAUAGAGAGUAGAGAAAAUCAUAAAAGUAUCUGUAAUAACACAUGAACUAUUUUUCUACAAUAAUCCUAUAGAAAUUAAUAUAUAUACCUGACUGUUUUAAACCACAUUGUGUGGAUGAAAUCAGUAAAGUACUAACAGAAUUUAGAGUGUUGACAAAAUUUUGUUGAUGGAAAUAUAUAAAAAAAACGUUAUCAACUGUAUAAUAUCUUUAAUAAACAGAUUUCUUUUCUCUAUUCUCAUCAGGUGCUUUCAAUUGGAUCAAGUAAUUAUUAAUUAUGAUCUAUGAAAUUACAUUGUUCUUUAAUCAGAGCUUUUCAUAAAGUGUUUUAUAAUCAUGAUUCCAAGGAAUGUAAUGAAAUAGGGGAGAUAAAUAUUGGUGGUUAGAAAAUGAAAUUCAAAUUGUUCAGCUUUCUUUUACAAAAUAAAAACCUUAAUAGGGAUUAAAUUUGACAAAUAAUCAUUGAAAAUUCAUUUAAAUUGAAUUGAAUUAUCACCUGAAUAAAUUGCAUAGUGUAAAAAGUUUCUGUUGAAGAUAUUUUAAACUCCUUGUCUAAGUUUGUCUAUCCAUAUAUCAACUUAUUGAAAAUGCUAUAGACCGAUCAGUGUUAUCCUCAAACUUGGUAACAAUGGAAUUGUGAAAUAACAUCUUGUUUUUAUAAAAUAUAGUAUCACAUUCUAUCAAUAUAGCAUCACAAAAACAAUGAUGCUUAAAGGCCCUGGGGAGAACACUGGGCCUUCCCUUUACAGAACGCUGGGUUGUAAUUUAACAAACCUACAUGAAAAAAAUAUUUUGUUUCAAAUUUGUUAUUAAGGAUGAUGCCAAUUAAGACUGAUAAAUUGACGCUGUACACAAUUAACCAUGUGAUUAAGAUAUUUUCAAUCUGGUGUAUCCAGGGUUCUUACUGAGAGGAGUUUAUGAGUUGUCAUAAUACUUUGCUCAGUGCUCGGAGCACAAAAUUCAUGAUUGAAACAUGAAAUCAAGCAUUUUGAUUGGUUGAUUUUGGAGUAUGAGUACAAAAAACUGACUCGAAAGGUAUGACUUCAAGGCUUGGACUCCUUAAAAUCUGUCUGGACUCAAUGUAUGCAAAACUAGUGAGUCAGAAGAUGCAUCAAGAUUGUGAAACAUUGUAUCGACUUAGCACUUACAUGUAUGUCAUCAUUUUAUAACAUAAGUUUAAAACAAUCUAAAUAUCCUGGCUCUACAUUACAGGUACAGUGAAAUAAUGAAUUACAUAACCAUACAUUUUCUUGUGCAUUUAUUGUUAAGAUUGUUGCAGAAUGUACAAAAAGUGGAGAUUUAUUAUUGCAAUUUCAGGGAAUGUUGCAUGCAAAUAUUGCUAUCAUAAAUCAAAAUGUAAUUUAAAAAAAAAUUAUGAACCUUUACUGUUGCAACGAUAAAAUAUUUGAACUUACACUACUGUAUUUCUUGCACUGUGUAAGAAUAGAUGUUAAUUAAUUAUCUGUUCAAAUUUGUAUGAAGGUUUCUUCCAUCAAAAUAUAUCAUGAGUUGGAUAUCAAUAGAAAAAAAAUGUGGUCUAUACCAUAUUAUAUGUGAGGGGUAUGUGAAAUUUCUAAUCAGAAAAAAAUAAUGUUAGAGAUAUUUAAUUAUUUUAUUUAUUUAGACUAUCUUAGCUGAAUUUGUCAAAAUCUUUGUUCUUAAUUUGGCCUUUUUUAUACCAGUCUUUUGUAGAUGAAACAUAUUUUCGUGUGUAUAACAUUUUAAGACUUGAAUAAUUCAGAGAAAGUUCUAAAAUCUCAUUAUAAAAUGUUGCUUUAUUAUAAUAAUCAGUCUUUUGAAAAUGUUAAUAUAUGAAUUUAUUGUAUUUAAUUAUAACUCCAGAAGGAAACUUAGAAAUAAUAUUUAUUAUCUUGAAUAACUCCUUUGGAAGUUGUCAGGCUUGUGUAUUACAUGUUUCAUUUUGAAUAACAUAUAUUCCUUCAAUUUCACUUAGUUUACCAUUUAGGAAGAUAUUAUAUAUUUAUACAUUUGUACAAUUUAUUAUGUUUCAUAAUUGUUGAAAUAAUGUAUUGUUAUAUGUAAAUUAAAAUCAGAUUUUUUUU